UUAAAUGUAAACUAUCAUUAAAUAUAUCUUAAAAUAUUUUUAUGUCAAUAAUACAGAGUUGGCGCAUGUUUUUGUAAUAUGUAUUACUAUUAAGAAAACGCGGACCUCGUAAAUGUUUAUCAGUUAUAGUUUAAAAAUUACGCCCAAUCGUAAAAAUGUUAAAAAUAUUUCCACAUGCAACAUUUAAAACAAGAUUGAUAUAAAUGACUUUAAUAAUAAUUAAAUGAUUUUUUUUUUUUUGAAUAAUUGCUUUAAGAUAUAUAUGUAUGUAUGUAUAGCUAAAUUCUUAUGGAAGUAGGAGCAUUUUUUAAUGAUAAUUCGUUCAUUAAUAAAAAUACCGGUCCAUUAAAUGAUAGGUUAUUUAAGCUCAUACAUUUUAGUAAUAUCAGUUACCUUUAACGUUGUUAUUAAAGGAAUAAAUAAUAUUAUUAUAUCAAAAUUCAUGUUUGUUUUUAGAAUUCUAAAAAUAAAAUAUUGAUCUUAAAUCAGUUUGUAGUAAGAUAUAAUCACCUAUUUUGCAUGAAUAAUUUAGACUUAUGAUGGAACUAAGUAUAAUCUACAAAGAACAAGUACCAUUACUAAAUAAUUAUUUUAAUUUAUAAUUUAAAGCAUUGUAUAAUUGCAUUGGAUAUUGCAAUCUAUGUAUAUGUAAAAUAUGUAUGUAUCUGUAGCAAGAUUAGUUUUCCUAACCUAAAUGUAUCACAUUAAAAUUAUUUUGUAACCUCUACUUAUUUCGAGUUCAUAGUUUAGCAAACAAUAAGAUCUGUUUAAUACCUUGUAAAUCAUGAAAGUUUUAUUAAUAUAAAUCCUCGGACAGUAUAAAAAAUUUGAGACUAAAAUAAAUUCUUUGUCUUAAACUUUAUAUGUUAACCUAUAAAAGAUUAUUUCAGUAUAUGAAUAAAGAACUAUAUUAAAAUUUUGUUAAUAAUUUUGUGAUAAUGAAAAAUCGAUAAAUGCAAUAGAUGAAAGUACGACAUUUCUUUGCGGGUAUCCUUAUAGGCAUCCCUAUCGGGAUCACUUUUUUGGAUACAGUUGGUUACAUAGCCAAAGUAGAAGGAGUUUCUAUGCAGCCAACCUUAAAUCCUGAUGAAAGAAAUCCUGAUUAUGUUUUUCUGAAUCGCCGAGCAGUUCGUACACAAGAUAUUCAACGCGGCGAAAUAGUAACUGUAAAAUCUCCAAAAACUCCAGAACAAAUUUUGAUUAAGCGAGUUAUAGGACUUUCUGGAGACAUUGUACGCACACAUGGCUAUAAAGCAGACAUUCUACAGAUACCUGAAGGUCAUUGUUGGGUAGAAGGUGAUCAUAUUGGACGUUCCAUGGACUCUAAUACUUUCGGACCAAUUUCUCUUGGAUUGAUAACUGCUAAAGCUACUUCCAUAGUCUGGCCACCUAGCCGUUGGCGAUAUCUCUAUCCUUCUAUGACGAAUCAUAAUUUUCCACUAAAUUCACGAAAAGUACCAGCUAGAUAG